CAACAAAUCAAUCUUGAUUUUCCCCAAGUCGCAAGUCCAUCCUCGCCACUCGCUAGCAGCUCACCAUGGACUUCGGCCGCAACCACUCCAAUUCCCCCUCCCCUUCCUCAUCCUCCACCUCCUCCUUCACUCCCCACCCCCCUCCUCCCACCAACGACCACGAUCCCAUGCACUCCUGGUGGGAAUCCGUCUCCAAGCAACGCUCUCGCAUCCUGUCCCUGUCCUCGCUCCUCCCCUCCGAUGAAAUUACCCUUUCCUCGCUUGCCGACUCUGACCGCCCUGCCCUCUCCCUUCUCUCCUCCCCUUCCGCGUACGACCUCAUUUCCUCCGCCCUCUCCUCCUCCUCCUCUGGUUCUGGCUCUGAUCCCCUCUGCCAAUGGCUCUACGACACUUUUCUUUCCUCCGAUCCUCACCUCCGUCUUCUGGUUCUCUCCUUUCUUCCUCUUCUCGCCGGCAUCUACCUUUCUCGCAUCCACUCCUCUGAUUCCUCCUCCCUCCCUUCUGUAGCUGGCUUCGAGGCCGUUCUCCUUGCUGUAUACUCAUCUGAGAUCAAGACUCGCUCCGGUAAGCCCCUCCUUGUCCACAUCCCUGACCUCUCCCAGCCCUCACUUUACCAUACUCCUCGCAACAAGCCCAUUUCUGACAGAUCUAGACAAUCCGUUGGGGUUUUGUCGCCUCCUCUAGAGCCCCAGGUGGCUGUGAAGUCCACUAAGCGCGCCAUCAUUGUUGGAGCGGCUCUUGAUUGCUAUUACAAGCAAGUUUCGCAGAUGCCCGCGUGGUCUAAGAUCGAAUUUUGUAGGUUUGCGGCUACCUGGGCUGGUCAGGAUUGCGCUUGUAGAAGCAAGUUUGAUGGUCCAGAUGAUGACCAUGAUCUGAAUGAAAAUGGAGUAGCUUUUGAGGAGAAUCAGAUGUUGAGUAAUGGCACAUCUCAUGAUCAUAAUGGUAUUGAGGAUACUGUGGAAGAGAUGGGCAGAUUAGAGAUUGGGAAUGACGCAGUGGAUGUUUCAGAGACUAAAGGAGUAAGAAUUCCAUUACCCUGGGAGCUUUUGAGGCCGGUGGUGACAAUUUUGGGGCAUUGUUUGUUUGGGCCUUCAAAUUCCCAAGACGUCAAGGAUGCGGCUUCAGUUGCCGUAAGAUCCUUAUACGCACGGGCUUCUCAUGAUUUGGCUCCACAGCCGAUCUUGGCAUUGCGGAGUCUUAUUAGGCUGGAUAAAAGUACACGUGUUGCCGCAAAGGCAGCUGCUGCAGCAAAUGCGUCUUCAAAUGCUAACACCCCAAGCAAGGCGAAGAAGCCAGAAAUCCUUUUAGUUUCCAAGUGAUUCAUUGGGUUAUGGUUUCCCUGUUCAGGUAACGUAUGUGUAUAGUUGAGCUGAGGAAUUUUAUUUUUUUUAGAUAAUUUAUAUGUGGAAUCAGUAUAUUAUAUUUAUUAUGCUAUACUUUUCUCAAAAUGUGUAUCAGCUAGUUGUUUCUUUAUCUUUACUUUGUUGCCAAUGCUGUCUUUCUGUCGACUUACAAAUUGUACGCUACUGUUUGAGAAUUGCCUUUGAAUUGGAAAGAGUUCUAAUUUUCUACUUU